AUGGGUCAGUGUUCCCCGCCAGCCGUCGUCCCAUCACGCUCCGGGUUCCGCAACUACUGCACGUCCGUGGACGUCACCCAACAUGUUCGAUGCACUGAACAUAUCGUGGUCGCACCAGCCCAGGCGACCAACAAGGCAGGCGACGCACGCAUGUGUUUCCCGUCCAUUCUCCCCGCUGCCGACGCUCCAGUUGUAUUUCCCACCAACACAGUUUACUCUCCUCGAUGCGAAGUCAACGCCUGCGCGAGCUGCGUUCGACUCUUCAUCGUGGGCGAUGCCAAGAUUGUGUUUAAUCUCGCUGAGCUGAUUGAGGACGGCGACGCCGACAGGAUCCACCAAUACCUGCAAUCCCACCCAAUCCGGUUCGGCCGCAAGCUCACAGCGCUCGGACCUCCUGCUUCACUUGGUUCACCUCCAAGUGCUUUGCCGUUGGAUGCGAGUCACCUGGGGGACUGCUCCGUUUUUGGUCAGCUCUACAGCAGCGUAUUCCACCAUGCCUUUUCGCUGCAGUCCCUCCAAGCCGACUUCGCUGUUCUCGCGGGGUCGUCUACUCUUGAGGAUUACACGACGGAUGACAUUGGGGACGAGUUCCUUGUCCAAUGCACCGACACCGACGUAAUCUUCGCACUCGCCGAAGUCGUGUGGCCCGACACCGCCUGGCACGACCUCGCGAGCGUCUAUGCGGGAUGGACGCGUGAUGUGGACAAGAUGGUCACGCCCGAUCAGUCGUUCUCACUGGACAUCGCGGCAUCCAAACAGCCAAUUGUAGAUCCUUUGACGAACGCCCUGACCCGUGGAGACCUGGAGGGGCUGUGGACGGACACGGCCACACCUCUGGACGGCUAA